CAAUCCCACAUAGGCAGCUGCAGAAUCAGACUUCACCCGACAGUUGUGAACAACUGAGCGUGGACACCCACCGUAUCUCCCAACUGCUAUCUAUCUUAAACAAAACAGCAAUUUAUCCGAUCUGAAAGGAAAUCCAUCAAUGGCCUCCAGCGAAUUGCUUUUUCAAUGGAUUUUCUGAGGGGUUGCAAGUUUUACAACUGAGAGCGCAUGCUUGGAAGUGAAUAAGAUGGUUAUGCCAUUGGAAGCACAACUUGAAACGAUGAACUGAAUCCUCGAAGAAAGGUUUUUUAUUCUUUUUGCCAGUGAAAUGGGGUAUGGUGCGUUGCCUAUGGCAACUUGAGAAGAUCAAAUUCACUUUCGUUCGGGGCAGGUUCACGCAGGAAACAAACUGGUUUUUAUUGCGGCAGUCGGAGAUUCUAUUAAACCUGCUAAAAACAACUGAGAGACAACAGUCUCCAUUUCAGGAACACAGGCCCAGCAGACGAUUAUUCACCAUGGAGAACAUUUCAGACACACGGGCUCGGACUAGCCCCUGUCACGGUUCGGGGGAUUUGUGUGAGUUUUCCAACGGGACAGACACUAACUUCACUCUACCUGAGCAGUACCCAGAUUUCUACAUCGUGCUUCCCGUGAUCUAUUCUGUGAUCUGUGCUGCUGGGCUCACAGGCAACACGGCUGUGAUUUAUGUCAUUCUCAAAGCUCCUAACAUGAAGACAGUGACGAACAUGUUCAUUUUAAAUCUGGCGAUUGCAGAUGAUCUAUUCACCCUGGUGCUGCCCAUCAAUAUCGCGGAUCACCUGCUGUACUACUGGCCCUUCGGGGAGAUCAUGUGCAAGCUCAUCCUUUCCAUUGACCACUACAAUAUCUUCUCCAGCAUUUAUUUCCUGACCGUCAUGAGUGUAGACCGUUACCUGGUGGUCUUGGCCACCGUGCGCUCCAAGAAGCUGCCGCAGCGCACUUACAGGACGGCCAAGAUGGUCAGCCUCUGCGUCUGGCUCCUGGUCACCCUCAUCGUCUUACCCUUCACCAUCUUCGCCGAAGUCUACACCGAUCCCAUGAACAGGAAGAGCUGCGUCCUGGUGUUCCCCAGACCAGAGCGCGCUUGGUUGAAAGUCAGCCGCAUCUACACCCUGAUCUUGGGCUUCGCCAUCCCAGUCUCCACCAUCUGCCUGCUCUACACCAUGAUGCUGUACAGGCUGAGGAACAUGCACCUGAACUCGAACGCCAAAGCCCUGGACAAAGCCAAGAAGAAGGUGACACUGAUGGUCUUCAUCGUGCUGGCCGUGUGUCUGUUCUGCUGGACUCCCUUCCACCUCACCACCAUUGUCUCUCUGACCACGGAUGUUCAAGAGACGCCUCUUGUGAUUGGGAUCGCCUACUUUAUCACCAGCUUAAGCUACGCCAAUUCCUGCUUAAACCCCUUUCUGUACGCCUUUCUGGACGACAGUUUCCAGAAGAGUUUUAAGAAACUAUUGGAGUGCAGAGCAGCGUAGAAGGGAAAUUAAAAAUAAAUAGUUAGGUCGGGGUUUGACUAAAACCGGGCCUUGAUCUUACCAAGUGUAAUUGUUUUAAUAUAAACGAGACAGUACAAAACUAACUAGAAACUUCUCUCCUGCCACCUCUUGUUGCAGGCAGCUUUAUUCGGCUCAUUAAAAAUCCGAGAGAAUUACAGCUUCUUGUGGCUGAUGCUAAAUGGUACCAUUUGUGAAAGGUCACUCCGGUAACACCCACCAAGCUCGGCAAUAAAUCCCCCCGAGGGAAUUGGAACAGAGAGAGAAAACGUUUUAACUUGUCUCUCCUCGUGUUGACUCUGACCCUCGGCAAUGAUUCUACAUUCAUUUGAAAUGUCUCUCUGUCUGUGGGAUGAGUCAAUGAGGGUCAGAGUUAAAUUAACUUUUUAUUUCGGUAGCCAGGAACGUAAUAACGGCAAACGUUAUGUACGUGCAGGAAAGGAAGUAUUGUACAUUUAAAAGGGUCAGUGAUAGCAUCGAUAUGCUUCAUAUCUAUAACUCUCUAACUAUAUAUAUAAAACUCUAUAUUGGGAGACCGCAUGUUGAAUGCAGAGUUCUGAACCUUGCCUCCUGAACCUCUUUCUGAUCUAAAAGUUGUUGCACUUCCUCUUCCCUACAACUCUUCAUGUGUAUUAAUCUUAGUUAGUCAACAUGUAAACCCUAUGGCUGGUAGCUUGUUCUGCUGUUGAAUUUUCAUUGUCCUUAACUCUCGAAUCAUGUGAAUAAACCUCUGAGAAUGCAUUUAUGCUUGCUAUAUUGUAAAUCCUGGAGUAUGGAGUGCAUGAAUUAAACAUAUAUUGGAGUGAAAAUCAACCCUUAAA